AUGGCGAUGAACAUUCCGAAGUCCGGCUACAAUCGUUUUAUGAAAGAAGGGGCACAGCACUUCAAAGGUACUGAUGAGGCUGUGCUGCGAAAUAUUGAGGCUUGUGUGGAAUUGGCGUCACAGCUGAGAUCAGCUUAUGGACCAAAUGGCAUGAACAAAAUGGUUAUCAAUCACAUCGAGAAAUUGUUCGUAACAAAUGAUGCCGCUACAAUUCUGAAAGAGCUCGAUAUACAACAUCCGGCUGCUAAAAUUAUAAUUAUGGCAAGUCAAAUGCAGGAGAAGCAG